AACCAAAUUCCUCCUCCUCCGCUACAUCCUCCGGCGACAUCCAAACCUCCUCCAAAUCCGUUGAAAUGAUCUGCAGCUCCACAGACUACACGCACACCUGCCAAUCCAGCCUCACCAAGGUCGUCAAGUCCAACAACCCCGACCCGAAAGAACUCGUCAAGGCCGCAAUCUCCGUCAUCUUCAAUGAGGUAGGCGCCGCUUUCAACAAAACAAAUCUCAUCAAAACCAACGACACCCACAUCAAAGGUGCAAUCGAAGACUGUCGUGAACUAUUCAGAAGUUCGAAUGAUGAGCUUCACGCAUCGUUGAAUUUGAUCAUUGACAGAGGGAUCGAUCAAUUACCGGAUCAAUCGCAUAACAUUCGGACUUGGCUGAGCGCAGUGAUGUCAUACCAGCAGACUUGCAUCGAUGGAUUUCCCGAUGGGGACUUAAAAAAGAGGAUGAAUGAGGGGAUGAGGCACGCGAGGGAGCUAACAAGCAACGCGUUGGCGAUAGUGAAGCAGGCGGCAAAGUAUAUGGAGAUGUUGAAUGUGGAUGGGUUAAUAGGGAAGAGGAGGUUGUUGGAGGAUGUGGAGGAUGUGGAGGAGGAGGAGACGGCAACUGCAGAGGACGACGAGUUGCCGUCGUGGAUGCCGGAGGGGGAUCGGAGGACGCUUAAGGAGAAGAGUCAUGAUAAGGUUAAGUUGAGCUUGAAGCCUAACGUGACGGUUGCUAAGGAUGGGAGCGGGCAAUUUAAGACUAUAUCGGCUGCGCUUGAGAACAUGCCUCAGAAAUAUAAUGGAAGGUACGUGAUCUAUGUGAAGCCAGGAGUCUACGAUGAGACGGUGAUGGUGACGAGCACCAUGAAGAAUGUAACCAUCUAUGGAGAUAACGCCACAAAUACGAUCAUAACGGGGAACAAGAAUUACAUUGACGGCACCAGAACUUUUCAGACUGCAACCUUCUGCCAUUUUGGCCACGGAUUCAUGGCCAUGGGCCUAACAAUCCGCAACAACGCCGGCGCCAUAAAACACCAGGCGGUGGCGCUCCGCGUCCAAUCUGACCGCUCCCUCUUCCUCAACUGCAACUUCGAGGGAUACCAAGACACCCUCUACGCUCAAACCCACCGCCAAUUCUACCGCGCCUGCGUCAUCUCCGGCACCAUCGACUUCAUCUUCGGCGACGCGUCCGCUAUCUUCCAGAACUGCCUCAUCCUCGUCCGCCGCCCCCUCGACAACCAACAGAACAUAGUAACCGCCCAAGGCCGCGUCGACCGCCACGAGAACACCGGGUUCGUCCUCCAACGGUGUCGCAUCGUGCCCGACCCCAGUUUAAAACCCGUCGCGGAAAAGUUCCGGUCGUAUCUGGGCCGGCCCUGGAAGGAGCAUUCGAGGAUAGUGAUCAUGGAGAGUGAGAUUGGGGAUUUGAUUAGUCCUGAAGGGUACAUGCCUUGGGAGGGAGAGUUCGCGCUCAAGACGCUGUCAUACUCUGAGUACAAGAAUACUGGACCGGGGUCAGAUUUUAAGGCUCGGGUUAAGUGGCCUGGGAUUAAACUGUUUGAAAAGGAUGAGGCUGAGUUGUUUACAGCGACUAACUUUAUCCAGGUUCGGGAUUGGGUUAAGAAGACCGGAUACGGGGUUAAAGUGCCCCUUAGAUUGGGAUUGUACGGUUGAGAUUUGAGAUUGUGAUCGAGCCUUGUUUAGAAGGUAAUUGCGUCGAUGUUGGGCUCCCUAUUGCUCGACGCUGGUCUCUGGGGAGAGAGAUGUAGCAAAUCACAGGAAACGUUAAUAGCUUAACAAUUGUUUUUUCCCCUCAUUACGUAUAUUUUUCAGUUUAGUGACUUGUAAUGUAAUGUUCAGUAAUUUGUAUAUUGCCAACAUUGGUUUGAUUGGAAGUGU